AUGGCUAUCACUUUUACGGAGAAAGUUGCAAAAUUGUGCUGUAUAAAUGCUUUAAUCCAGUCUUACGUCAGUUCUCAGCAUGAUCCCACUCUCAAAGCUCCAGAAUUUAUUCUCAAAAUGAUGAAAAAAGAACUAGCUUACAACAAAAGCUUAGAUGACUUCGAGUGGGUCUAUCUAAAACUCUGUGGUAAUAAUUCUCUGGAGACGGAGUACCGUUUGCAAGACAAUGACAUCAUACUCCAUAAAUUGCCAACGAAGUUUUUUCUCUUAAAGAAAGAUCAGUGCCUAAAGGAACUUAAUUUAACCGGAAACAAUAUCAUGAAGCAUGGAGCUCAAGAGAUUGGCGAAAGUUUAAAGGUGAAUCGCACAUUGGAACGACUAAAAUUGACAGGAAAUCCAAUCGGUCGUGAGGGUGGAAUCGGUUUAGCUCAUGGACUCCUGCUGAACAACACAAUCACACAGCUAGAUGUCGGUGAAUGCGAUUUGGAGAUAUCUAGUGCUAUCGCCUUCGCAACAGUGCUUCGUACAAACAAAACCAUUGAUUACUUUAGCAUGGAUCGUCUCAUCCUCUUUACCCGUCAGGAAGAACAGACGGUCCAUAUAUAUGAGAUGCUGUGUGUAAGUUGA